GGGUUGGAUCAAAACUGUGAAGUUGUGGCCCUUAAAACCAAAACAAAGAGUCAAAAGACACUAAAAAUGCUCAAUAAAGUUGAGGGGAACUGCAGAGUUGGGUGAUAAUUGUCUGGUUUGUGACACCUCACUGUAUACAGUGUAUUUUAUAUAUACUGUAUGUAUAAAUCCGUUUAAAUCAGCUUUAGCCACUCAGUUCCCCACUUAGUAUAGUAUGUCCUUACUUUCUCUACUCCACAGGUUGGAAUCAAAUUGACCAGUCAGAGGACGCCUGACAGUGAUAAUCAGAUGCUUUGUAUACACUGGCUUCUUUUGUCAAUCUGCAAACGGGAACAAAAGCUUAUUUACUGCUGCCUUUGAGUGAUCUCGACCUAUAAUUAGUGUAUUUAGUUCCAGAUGAGGCCAACAAACCAGAGCACUGUUGUGUCCUCUUGUCUCUUUUCAUUGAUGCCUGGCACAAUGUUUAUAAAGACCGGGAGGUACAGAAACACUAGUUCUAACCAAAGACAGCAACCCGGACUGAACAUUAAGCUUCACUAUGGAGUGGUUUGAAAUCUCACUUUGGCUUUUAGAAUAAAACAACCAAGUCUCCAAAGCAGCUUCACUGUUAUCUCAAGGGAACAAUGGAGGACGCGGUGGAUGACAUAGCUGUUAUUGGGAUUGGAUGCAAUUUCCCUGGAGGUGAGGGGUUGGACAAUUUCUGGAGUAUUCUGUCGGAGGGAAAGAACUGCGUUGUGGAUAUUCCAGCAGAGAGGUUUGACACCACCUUUUGGUAUGAUGCUGAUGAUAGCAAACCUGGAAAAACACAGACAACCAAAGCAGCUCUUAUAGAAGGGUUUAAUGAGUUUGAUCACAGGUUUUUUGGCAUUAGUGAAGCAGAAGCUGAUUUCAUGGACCCACAGCAGAAACUCCUUCUGCAGUGCACAUACAGGGCAUUAGAAGAUGCAGGAAUCGCUAUGGAAAGCAUCAGUGGAAGCAGAACUGGAGUCUACAUAGGUCUAAUGAACAGGGAUUACGAGAUGCUCCAAAGUAACAGUUCUACUACAGUAACCCACUACAACGGCACUGGGACGGCCAUGAGUGUGGCUGCCAACAGAAUUUCUUUCACCUUCAAUCUCACUGGGCCUUCUUUUGCAAUUGACAGUGCUUGUUCUUCAUCUUUGGUGGCUCUACAUUUAGCCUGCCAGGCUUUAAAGCAAGGAGACUGUGAGAUGGCUUUGUGUGGAGGUGUCAGCUGUAUAAUAGAGCCAAAAGUGUUUGUUGCUCUCAGCAAGGCGAAGAUGAUCUCACCUCAGGGGUUCAGCAAACCUUUCUCGAGCAGAGCAGAUGGCUAUGGCAGAGGAGAAGGCUGUGGUGUUGUUCUCCUGAAGCCUCUGAAAGAAGCCAUAAAAGACUGCAACAAAGUUUGGGGUAUCAUCAACAAAACAGCCGUCAACCAAGAUGGACAUUCAGUCACUCCAAUCACCAAACCGUCCAUGACACAACAAGAGGAGCUCCUGCGAAGAGUCUACUCAGAGUCUGACCUUACAAAUGUCCAAUACGUAGAGGCACAUGGGACUGGAACCCCGGUUGGAGAUCCAACAGAGGCAGGAAGCAUCUCAAACGUCAUCGCUAAAGCCAGACCUCCUGGUUCAGCGACACUGCGGAUUGGCUCUGUGAAAGGCAACAUUGGACAUACGGAAUCUGCUGCUGGAGUGGCCGGACUCAUUAAGGUACUCUUAAUGAUGAAGCAUGAGACCAUUGUUCCCUCUGUUUUUUACUCAGAAGAUAGUGCCAGCAUAGAUGUAAAAGCUCUGGGUAUAAGUAUUCCUGUUAAAGCCGAAAGAUGGGAGACAAAUGGGUCAUUAGAAAAGGUAGCUGGGAUCAACAGCUUUGGGUUUGGAGGCACAAAUGCACAUGUGAUUGUAAGAGAAUACAGUCAGACCAACAUUCCCACACAGAUCCCAACAGGCUGUCCAAAACUCUUUGUAAUAUCUGCAGCAUCUGAGAAAUCAUUUAUUCUAUCCGUCACCGACACCCACCAGAGGCUUUGCAGCAAUCAAACAGUUGAUUUACAGGCACUGUUUUACACUUCAGCAUGCGGAAGGAGUCAUGCUAGACAUAAAUAUCGGAAGGUCUUUCCAACAUCUUCCCUCUCAGAUUUAGAAAAUCAGCUAACAUCUGCAUUGAAAACAAAGUUUGAGUCAAUAAGAUCUGACAUUCAUGUGAUCUUUGCGUUUUGUGGAAAUGGGGUUGCCUACAGGGGUAUGUGCAAGCAGCUCCUAAGAGAGGUUCCUGUUUUUAGAGAAAAGGUCAGAGAAGUUGAGAAUCUCUUCCAGAGAUAUAAAAGAACCAGCAUCAGUCAGUGGCUUGCUGGUGAAUAUGAUAAGGAUGAUUUCAGUAAGCCAGAUGUUGUCCAGCCUCUUCUUUUUGCGAUUCAGGUUGGCAUUGCCAGUCUCCUGAAGCACUGGGGUGUCAAACCCGAUGCUAUGCUUGGACACUCUGUUGGUGAAGUUGCUGCUGCUCACUGUUCCGGCCUCUUGUCUCUUGAGGAUGCCGUUAAAGUGUUGCACCACCGUAGUACUCUUCAGAGCAAGGUCUCAGGAGGGAAAAUGCUUGUGGUUAGUAACGUGGCUGUAGAAGAGGUAUUAAAAGUCCUUCCAGACUUUGCUGGAAAGAUUUGUGUUGCAGCAUUCAAUAGCCCCCAAUCCUGCACUCUGUCAGGGGAUGCAGAUGCUAUAGAGUUCCUCCAUCAGAGGCUGAGGAUUGUGUUUACAGAGGAGAAUAUCUUUCUCCAUGAGUUAGAUGUGCCAGCAGCAUAUCAUAGCCAUAUGAUGGAUCCUAUACUAGAUGACAUUGAGAAAAGUAUUGAUCCUUUGAAUGCCAACAACAAGCAGUGCAAAUUAUUUUCAACAGUGACUGCAGACAGUAGUUCAGAUGGUGACUUUACAACAGGCAAGUACUGGGCAAGGAACAUCCGAGAGCCAGUUUUAUUUGAACAAACACUGCGUGCUGUUACCAAAGAUAAGCAGUCAAGGAGAAAUGUUGUCGUUGUGGAGAUUGGACCACGUAAGGCUCUCCAAAGGAACAUACAUGAGACUGUGGGACAUAAUGCCAUAGUUCUUUCCUCCGUCCAGCCAGGGAGAGAUUAUGACACAAUCUUGUCCACUGUGGCAAAACUAUUUGAACUCGGUAUCAAUGUGGACUGGCAUCAGCUCUACAGGGGUUGUGAGACAUUGCCCACAGCUUUUCCAGUCUAUCAGUUUGUGAACACAAAGAAAGAAUUGAAUUUUGAAGCUGUGAGGAAAGGUGAUGAAUCAAAUGCUUGUUCUCCUUAUACACUCAUAUCCCAAAUAAAUCAGGGUAAGAAAGAGUACACAUGCAACUUCUCACUAGAUACUACACCAUAUCUUUGGGAGCAUAAAAACAAUGGUGUUCCCAUUGUACCAGGUGCGUUUUAUGUUGAACUAGCUUAUGCGUCAGUCAUUGCGAGUUUAAGGCCAAAGAAACCUGUUUCUCUGCUCCAGCUCAGUGUAAGUUUUGAGAGUCUGUUAACACUAAGCUCAAACUACCAUCAGUUAAAAGUGACACUGAAGCAUGCAGAAAAUGAGGCUUCAUUCAAAAUACAAUCCUCUGCUGCAACACAUGCCUCCGGUACAUACAGGUGCACAGACGGCCGACCGCUUUUAGAAGAACCAACUCUUUGUCUUGACAUGAUUUUGCAAAGGUGCAAAUUGGUUAUGAAGAGAGAAGAGAUUUACUCAGUUCUUUCUCAAGCUGGAUUUGAGUAUGGCUCUGUCUUCAAACAGCUUGAUGAUGUGCAUUUUGGUGAUGAAUUCAAGGAAGCUGUGACGGCAAUUAAAGUUCCAGAUCAACUUCUAAAACACCUUCAUGACUAUUUCAUUCACCCUGUGUUACUGGACUAUUUCUUGCAAAUGACUGCUGUGGUAGCUAUCGGACGGCUAACGGCCAAGCAGGGAUUCCCUUCAGCUAUCGGUAGCAUUGCCGUAUCAGGACCACUACAAGAGAAUAUGGUCAUGUACCUACGAGCCACUCAAGAGACUUCAGACUUCCUCGAUGUAUGUGGUAGCUUUUCCACCACAGAGGGUCAGGUACUGGUUGAACUUAAAGGUGUGAGGAUCUCAUUUUUGUGCAAUUGCUCAAAUGUUCUUCAGUCGUGGUUCUUCCACAAUGAAAUAAUUACAAUUCCUGAAAAGAGAGACUUGCAAAACUGCCAAAUAAAAGCAAUAGUUUUUGAAGACAAACUUGGCAUUGCGAAAGGACUUAGGCCAUACAUACACCCAGAGUCAGCAUUUGUGGAGAGCAGAGAUCAUUGGACGGCAGACAGAGUUGGAAAAUUUGUUUCCCACUCACUUAACACCAGUGUGGAUUUGGAGAAUAUUCUCUUCAUUUGGGGUGUUGAGGACAUUAGUCACUUGUCAUCUGAGAAGAUGCUGGACCGCUUGGUGACUUGCUGUGAGCUUUUUCGCCAGAUUGUUUUGGCUUUGAAAGAGAGCAAACGCUCUUGCACUGUCCACGUAAUAACCUACAGAUCGACAGAAACAACCGCAGACCAUGUGAAUCCUGGUUUUGUGCUAUCUGGUAUGACGAGGGCUUGUGCAGCAGAGAUGGUAGGUCUCUCUUUUCACCUGACUGAUCUUGCUUCUGUGACCAGUGAAGACAUUCAAACGCUGGUCCAUGUAAUAAACACCUGCAAACAACAUGAGGUCAUGAUCAGCAAAGGGCAAGCAUCAACAACAAGAAUAGCACAAACCCCCCUGAGGGACAAAACUUUACAUGAUGGUGAUUUUCACUCAGUGUUUGUGAGCAACUUUGUUGUACAGACAACUGAUCCGUACAGAAUGACUCACUUGUCUGCCAUCCCCUGUGACACAAAUAUAAAUCCAGUCCAAGAGAAGUCAGUUGAGAUUCAGCUAACCAAUGUAUGCCUGCAUUCAUCAGAUUACUUUCCUGUCACCACUUCACACUUGAAUUUCGGCAAGACGAUGUACUGGAGUAAGCACACGUCACAGAAUCACAAGCUUCUCUCUUUGGAUUUUAACGGCAUUGUCACAGCUGUUGGGAAAGAUGUCUCUAAUCUUAAAGUGGGAGAUCACAUUGCUUCAUGUUAUCCAGUUGUUGCCACUGCAAAGAUCAUAAUUCCUGAAGCCGUGUGCUACAGUACGAAGAGACUCCCAUUUCUGAAAAAGACUCCAUGUGUGUCUUACUUCAUACUUGCAUGGGAGAUCCUGCAGAGAAUGCUGUCUAAGGUAAACCCACAACACAGAAAGCUGGUCAUUGUCUCCUCCAGCUCAGUCUCUGCACUAAUGAAGGUUUUGGCUCUGACAGCAAACAGGUCAGGCUGGAAUGUUUCCUCAAUGCCGGGACAACCUCUACAUUUUGAUCAGGGUCAUGCUUUUGUUUUUCUGCCUCCGUUUGAACACUCUUGGCCGGGGCUGUUUGGCAGUGGUGGUCAUGAUAAACACUUUAUUUUUGUACAUAGCAAUCACAUGCCAUCCUCACUCUCAGCAAACAUUGCUGCAUUGAAGAGUGAACACAUGCAUGUACAUACACUUGAUGUGGCUGAUGUUCUCCAGAGAGCCAAUCUGCAAGUACAAAACAGGAACAUCUCUAAUUGGCUAAUAUCUUUAGGCUUUGAUACAGCAUCGCUACCUUUGAAAAUGGAAACCUUCCAAUUAUCAAGCACAAAAGAGCCACAGAGCAAUGCAGAUGCUGAGUCAUACUUCACAACAAAGACAGUGCAACAACUUGUUCUACAUCACAGAGAAUCUGAUUGUCUAGUGUCUGAUAUCCCUUUGCUUACAACGCCUCGACAACUUUUCAAACAAAGCUGUGUUUAUAUGGUAACUGGAGGGCUCUCUGGUUUGGGACUUGAGACAGUAAAGUUCAUUGCCCAUAAUGGUGGCGGUUGUAUUGUAACACUGUCCAGAAGUACUCUGACUGAUGAAAUGCAGUUUGAAAUGGAUCUCCUCCAGAGAAGAUAUGGGGUGACAAUCAUGAAUGUCCAAUGUGACGUUUCUGUGUCGAUGCAGGUAGUGGACGCGAUCUCAAAGAUUGAACAAAGAUUCUCCUCUUGUCCAAUCAAAGGAGUGUUUCACAGUGCUGCAGUGUUACAUGAUGGGUUGAUUGAAACACUUGAUCAGUCCCUCUUCCGAAAGGUGCUGCAGCCCAAAGUGAGUGGGGCUCUAAAUCUUCACUAUGCAACACUUCACAACAAACUAGAUUACUUUGUGUGCUAUUCCUCCAUUUCUUCAUUCAUUGGAAAUCCCUCGCAGAGUAACUAUGCAGCAGCCAACUCCUUCCUGGACACAUUCUGCCAUUACAGGAGAAACCUUGGACUUGCUGGACAGUCCAUCAAUUGGGGUCCUUUGAAUCUUGGUCUCUUGCUGAGGAAAGACAAUUUCCAAAAGUUCCUGGAGUCAAAAGGGAUGAUGAUAAUGGAUGUGUGUGAAAUUCCACAGGCUCUCGAACAAUGUCUUCUGAUGAACAGACCACAACAAGUCAUAUGCAAGUUCAACUUCAAAAAUCUUUACAUUCACGUACUUUCACAAAAUGCGUCUCUCAGGGAGCGGCUGUCGGCUUUAGUGGCAAUGGAGCUGAAAGAUGAUAUAAGUAGUGAACCUGGGGUUCAUCAUGUUUCUCCUACAAAUGGAAAUGUGAGAGCAAUAGUCAGUGACAUCAGCAAUGUCAGCGUAGAUGAGCUAGAUGAUGAUUCAGCUCUGUGUGCAUUGGGUAUUGACUCGAUGUUAGCCAUGACUCUGCAGAAUAAGAUUUUCCAAGAGACAGGCGUGACUGUACCUUUAGUGAGAAUAUUGGACCCCAGCUGUACACUGGCCACUUUGGAGACUAUUGUAAUGAGUAAUGGGGGUUUUGUGAUUGCAUGAAAAUGUUUGGAAUU